AUGGAGGGGAGUUGGCAACUAAGAUUCUUUCUGGUAUUCGGCAAACAGAAGACGCGGAUGCCUCCGACGAAGCACUGGACACAAGAAAGAGGCGGAGAGAAAGUGAAGAGCGACGAACAGCGUUUGAAAGAAGGGCCCUUUAGUGACUCGCUACCUACACCAUGGAAGGCGGGCUCCUUUGUCAAAGGGCCGUUGAAAAUCAUGUGGGAAGAGAGGCAGGUUCGAGAGGAGAAGUACAAGAUUUCCUUUGACACCUCCUUACACUUAAUCAAUGGCAUUAAGUACCGAAUGUUCAGCAAGGGAUGGGAUUUGAAGUACACCACUGUUAGCAACUCUGAUGAUCUCAUCGUCAAGUAUGAUCAUCCUAAGCGAGGGGUGGCAGCCAGAAGAGUCAAGGGACAUGUGCCUCGUUAUCAACUCGCGUCGAUGGCUCAGCCAUCGAGACCACCUCUUCACCAACCAAGUAACUCGAGGAAUUGCGUCGAAAGCCGAAGAAGAAAGUGUGGUACACUGCCCCGAGAACUCUACGACGUUGGUUUGAUCCGCCCAUACACGAGGCACAUUUUGAGGAGGAGUCCGUCUCAGGAUGCGCCGGUUAGGGUCAGGGGCAGGUCGAAUGUGAUGGAAGUGGACUCCCACCCUUGGCUGGCAGAAAGGUUGAAGGAGGACGCCACAGCCGAGGCACAGAUCAAUGAUCCCAUGACUAACUCUUGUCGUGCCGGUCUGGCGGGCCAACAGCACGGAGAGACCGACGGGUCAGGGCAACGCCGACGUGGUCAUGCCAAGCGAGGUGUGGUAGGAAUCAUGGGAGUGAAGAAUAUUCCAGCUGGUUCAGCCGGCUCAGGGUCGGUGAUAUAUGUGGAUGCUGACUUACGCCCAGGGAUGUGA